AGCGAUUCUGUGCUGCACCCAGGCAGGAGGGGGAAGCCUGUCGGUGUCGCACCGGGUCCCCGCGGCGGAAGCCUUCAAAGCGCCCGGGCGGCGGAGAUGCAGGCUCCUCUUCGACCCUCCGAUGUUUUCUCCUUCUCCUUCUGCAGCUCCGCGGGGUCAGAGGAGACCUCGCCCUUUCACAUCUCCUGCGUCACGGCACUCAAGCUCCAGGCCGGGGGUCUGCCGGGUGCGGCAGCACGCCGUGCGCCCCGGGACCUCCUGUCAGGCUCGGGCCCAGGCCUUGCAGGGUGCUGGGUCCCUCUGGCAUCUCUUCCUUGGCCUCCUUCGGGGUCUGAGGAUCCAUCAGGGACACUCCCAGAGCCCGGCUGAGCCAGGGUGCGGGGGAAGGCUCCCCACAGCUCUCCCUAACCCCUGGUGUAGCCCUUGCACUGGCAGACCCUGCAGGGAAGGAUGCCUGUCUGCUGCACCACUAGCCUUCCCUGCGCCCCAGACACAGCCCUGGCACAGCCCCACCGGUGCUCCCUGGGAAGGGGCACAUGAACGUCACUGAGCACCGCUUCCCUGGCAGCAAGACCAAGACUGACCUCUAGCCUGUAGCAGCGACUUCUGGACGUCAGGCCCGCCAUCAGGCCCAGUUCUUCCUUUUGCUCUUGGAUUUUCUUCAUCAGGUCAUGAGGCAAACAGCUCUCCUCUGGAUGAAGGUUCUGAUCGCAGCUCUGAGAGCAAACUACGUUGAACAGCGGGCAUUAAAUGCAGGCGUGCUGCGACGGGUUGAUGGAGGGAGGAGGUCCGUGUUGCAGAACCUCCCAAAUAUCAUCCCUUCAAAGAAAAAAGCGCAGGCAACGAGCAAAAGCAGACGCAGACUGACACACAAGUUACACUGAGCCAAACCAGAAUAUGCUCAGACCCUCACUCCUUUGGGACUGUUCAGCUGAGGGUUUCCCAGACUGGCCAAUGGCCUGAAACUGGGGCAAAGCACUGCAAUGUGACAAACGCCCAGAAAGUGAAGUUCUUGUUUGGCGAAGGCUGUAUCACAGGCCUUCAGCUCCGAUGGAGGUGAACAAACAGCACUGCCCUCCUCCCUGGCCUGGGGACCCUCGCCUGCCCCAGCCCCCCACCUCAGGGUGCUUCCAGCGUGGUGGCAGUAAUGCUGGGGGACACCAACCCGUCCUGGUGGGGAGUGGCGAUAUCCCCCCUCUGGACCCCAGGAGGAAGCAGGAUGGGGUGGUGGUGGUCCUCCCCCCCGGCUGCCAGAGAGUCCUGGGACCCUUCUCAGGAGAGACCUACAGAGACUUCAAAGGAGACUCUUCCAGAGAAUCCCCUGAACAGUUGCCUAGAGGGUCCUCUGAAGGGUCCCCUGGAAAGUCUCCUGCUGUGCCCCCUGCAGAAGCCACUGCUGAGUCCCCUGGCCAGCCCCGCAGCUGCCCCCAGCCUCAUCUGCCCCGCAUGGUCCAACUGGUGGAGGAGGCGCUGCGGCCGGGCAUCGUCUCCUGCCGGGUGGUGCCCAGAUCGGGAGAGGGGGGCGGCAAGAAGGACAAGCGCCCUGCACCGGCCAGCACCCCCAGGAUGCAAAAGACCUCCCCACGGGACAACAUGCCACCCAAGAAGAAGAUGAUGGUGGUAUGCUGGGUGGCAAAACACUCAAAAACCCUGUGGGAGGGGAAGCCGGACAGGGACGGUGUGGCAGUGGGCAGCAAGUGGGUGGCAGCAAGCGCAGGGCAUCUGAGGACACCAAUGUGCCCACCUUGGCGCUUGAGCGACCCAGAAGCCCUGGGAGUGCCAGGGGACAAAGGGGCCUGCGCCCGCCCAUCCACCCCACCCACUGCUGAUAGAGAAGGUGCAGAGCAUGGAUCCCUGCAAUGUGCAACCCCAGGACAGGCCGCUGUGCAAAAAAGUCCAGGCCAAAAUGCCGCAGGAGUUGGGGAUGCCCCGCACUGACCUGAGGGCAUGCUUGCGGAACUCCAUCCGGAGUUUCCACCCACUGGGGCAAAGAGUGAAGGUGGUGGGGCUGGUGUGCCAACCACCCGACCUGGAGCCCCAAGCUGACCCUGCUGCGUCCCCAGGCCCCUGCUGGUGGCCCUGAGACCCAGUGUGGGGAUGGCUGCCUCCAAGCCCCCGGCUGAUGGCAAGAAGGAGAUGGCACUGGCAGUGGCAUCAAGCAGCAAGGUGUGCACCAGUAUGGCCACCAAAGCCAAGCAGCCAAGCUGGCUGUGACUGUCGCCCACGGGGGCAAACCCCACAGGAGGGGCUGCCGCAGCAGCUCUGCAUGCCGCCACAGCUGCUGCACCCUCCCACUGACUCCAUGCUAUCCCUCAGGCCCUGGGGGUGGCCUUAUGGCUGUGGCCACCCCGCUGGAGGAGCGGGACGAGUCGAUGCCCGUCACUCCCGAGCUUGCUGUCUAUCCCAGUGUCCUGCUCCCCAUCCCUUGCUUUUUCUCUGUAUCCCAUUUUCUUGCUCCCUGUCCCUCACAUGUUUUCUGUAUCCCUCACGCCUUCCUCCUGCCCUUCCUUCCCCAUGCCCUCCCGCCUCUGGCCU